AUGACCAUGCAGGAAAAUCUGCCAACAUACUGGCCCCUGUCCGGGAACGAAGAUGAUAAUGAUGAACAGAACUGGGAGGAAAAAAUAAGUCCACGUCCAUGGAACAGGGUUUUUUCUUAUAAACGAGCAUUCUGGGCUCUCUCCUGCUUUGUAGUAGUCGGUUUGAUCUUCGGCAUGGUACAGUAUCCUCGAAGCAAGCCAGUGGAACUGGGAUCAGAAAGAUUCUUUCCCAUGUUCAAGCACCGAAGAGUCACAUUCUUUCGAGCUGGUGAAUUCGAACACAGUGUACCGGCCCAGGAGAAUUCACCGUGGCCAAAACUCCUGCCAGAGGGCAGUUUCGGAUUUGUGAAAGUCACUAAUCCAAGAUAUUACAAUAUCACGGGUGGCUUGCCUCUCGAUGUCGAAACCAAUGCUCCAACGCCAGAGCUAUACCGAGAGCCACGCAAAGAAAAUGAGACUGAGAUCUAUGUGAUCUCAAUGUUUCACCAACUUCAUUGUCUUAUCAUGAUGCGUGACACCCUGAUGAGGGUCAAUGACCAAGGGAAAGUGGUGGCGGGCACCAGUAUGCCCGAGGAGAUGAUCAGUAAUGAUCAUCUUAAUCAUUGCUUUGAUUACAUUCGACAGGCAAUUCUCUGUGCGGGCGACACUGCCCUUGACCGAUAUGCAUUCGAUGACUCGGGCCCAGAGCUGCUUUAUGCAGUGAAUGGACUGGGGACGACCCAUAUUUGCCGCGAUACUGAUGCCAUCUAUGAAUUUGAAUCUCAGCAUGCCUGGAAAAGACAUGACAUGGCGCAUGUACACUGAUCAGUCAUUGGGAUAGAAUACCUAGGUAUACUU